UAGGCCCCAGCGGACCGGGUGCUCACCGGCGAAUUAGAAAAUCAGGCAGCGCUUCAAAGAGAGCUCGCCUGGAGGGCUGCAGCAGUCGUCACCAGUUUUCGUUCACUACACUUUUUGGGCAUUCUCGCGCCCCGUGCUCCGCCCAGGCCCCGAUCAAAGCAGAGCCCGCUGCAUGCGUUCUUCCGCUGCAUUUCGCCGCCUGCGAGGACAACUCAGCGUCGCGACGUCAUCUCCGUGGGUAUGGGUGGCGACAGGGGUGGACCCGGCCAGCGCUAUCCAUCCACCGCCGCGCAAGAGAGGGUUGUCCUUGCGGGGAGAGUACGUGUCGCCUGCAUCCUUCAACCACGAGCUGCCCACGGCUGGCACGCCGGAAGUCGCCUUCAUCGGCCGAUCCAACCAGGGGAAGAGCACCCUCGUCGGGAAGCUUUUAGGAAACCCCAAGCUCGUCCGCGCGUCGAAAGCGCCCGGAUGCACCAAGACGGUGAACUACUUCGCGCUGCGAGAAGGCGGUGCCGAAAGCCCCCAGGCUUUCCUCGUCGACCUUCCCGGCUACGGGUUCGCGAGAGAGAGCAAGAGGGCCGUGCGCGGUUGGAACCAGGCGGUGGGGAGCUACCUUGAGGGGCGCUCGAGCUCCGUGCUGCGAAGAACGUUCGUGCUGGUGGACGGGCGGCAUGGCCUUCAGCCCGACGACGAGCAGAUGCUGUCGUUUUUGUCCAGCAGAGACGUGGAGAACAUGGUGGUUUUGACGAAGGUCGACAAGGCUUCGCCGGCCCAACUUGUACAGUCCCUAGAGGGAGCCUUCCAGCUUGCGGUUCAUCAUCCAGCGACAUUGCCAAUCGUGCACUGUAUCUCAGCGCACAAGGGGCAGGGGAUGGGAGAGUUCCAGAACACUCUGUACGGAGUGUCAGAUUUGUAGCUGUUAUGUCCCUUACGCCGGAGCUCUGUUUGCGUAUUUCCUAUUUCAACAGAUUACCACCUUUGAUGGGGUUAGUUAAAAUAGGGGAGGACCCGUGGCAGGGAUGAAAGCCUUUCUCAGGCGAUAAACGUGGUACGCCUGUGGGUUAAGUGAAUGGGGUGCUAAGUUGCACGGCAGCUUAUGGGAGGUUCCAAGUCACCCAAAGUUGAGGUGGACAGAAAUUGGGAUAGAGGAUUAUCCUCUCGGCUUCGUUGGUUAUUUUCUGCUACAUAUUCAUGGGCGUAUGUAGAGUUGUUGUCGAAUUCACGUUGUCGUCUCAUCAUGGCGAUCUGCGAUAUGCCAGUCAAUUUGUUAUUUGCGACCUUACUUUCCGUGAGCAUCCUUGAAAAACGGCAGUGUUCAGCCGUCUUGUCUUAGGUUGACACGGAAGGCGAACGCCAUGGAAGAUGUUGUUCGUGACCCUAGGUCGGAUUUCCUGUAUGGCCAUGAGGGAGUUGAAAACUGCCCGCGAGGACCGCAA